AUGGAUCGGUCAAAUGUUAGAUUUCUUGAUCUACCUAAUGAAAUAUUAGUUAUGAUUUUAAAGAAACUUGAUAAUAUGGAUGUUCUUUAUUCAUUAUUGGAUGUUGAUAAUCAACGACUUAAUAUGAUAGUAGAAGAAAAAACUUAUACAAAGAGUCUCAAUUUUGUAUUAACAACGUCAACUGAUGAUAUUUUGUCGAUUGCUAAUCCAAUGCUUGAUCGAUUCUGCAUUAAAAUAUUGCCUAAAAUUGCUCAUAAUGUUAAAUCUCUUAUUCUUGAAUCAGAAUCUAUGGAACGUAUUCUUCGUGCUGCCAAUUAUCCUAAUCUAACUGAACUUAAACUCUUUAAUUUCAGAGACAAAAUCACUUCACAUUAUUUUACAGAUGAAUCACCAUUUCAACAUACUUUUCAACAACAAAUUUCAGAUCUUAUUCUUGUAUACAAAAGCAACAUUGAUAUUUUAUUAGAGAGACAAUAUCCAAACGGUGUGCAUGAAUAUAUUUUAAAAUUCUUCAAGAAUUUAAAACAUUUGUCAAUUAGUGGGUUUCCUUCACUUUUAACACUUCGUGAUUCAUCUUUGACUAGCUGUUCCUCUUCAACUCUUUACAAGUUAUGUGUUUUUGUGUAUUGUUUUGAAGAAUGUCUUGCUUUACUUGAUGGUCGUCUUAAACAGUUAACCACGUUUAUUGUUAUUAUUGAUCAUCCAGAUUAUGAUUCAUCAGUUGUUUACAAUAUGGUAAGUUUAUGUAUUAUUAGAUUAUCUUUUUAAGUUAAAACAAUAUUGUUUACAGUAAUAUUAUGGAUUGUUUCCUAAUGAAUUACUAUACUCAUUUGAAUCAACUAAAUAGUUGUAAAAUCAUGGUGAUCUAUUUGGUUAGCGAAUAUCUUAUACUUUGCCACAUAUGAGUUGUUUUGAAGAAAUAAAUUGAAUGACUGAAUUUCAUUUUAAUAAACAAACUUAGCUUUUUAUGCGUAUUAGAUUAAUCCAUACUGUACUUUUUUCAGUCAAAAACGGUUUUCUAAAAUAUUAGACUGAGAAUGUUUAUGUUCAGAUAUUUUUAAGAUAUAUUUAACUAUUCGAGAACUAGACAAAAGACCAACCUUCUAUUAUAGCUAUAAACAAUCUUUAAUUUCUUGAUCCCUUUUAGUCAUUUUCAUUGUUUUAUAAUAAUAAUAUGCUUAAUCUCAAAUUUUUAAGUUUUUUCAGCAAUAUCGAAUUAAUUUCUAUGCAUUAAAAGUUUAGAAAACUCAAUAUGUUUGUUUCAGUUUUCAUAAAAGAAGAAUAUAUAUAUCAUUGAGUUGAAGGAAUAUUUCUAAUUGAACUAAAUAAAAAUAUAUUUUUUUCAAUUAGUUAUUCAUUUGAACUUCUGUUUUAUGAUCGAUAAAUAGUAAUUAAAAAAUGUUGAUUUGUAUUUUCUAGGAUAGUCUACCGAAUUUGAAAUGUUUCUCAUUAACUUGUUGUUGUUUCACUGAUGAAUAUGAUACUCAAAUUUUACCCCUUCUUAAUUAACUUUGGAUAUUAUUAACGACGAUCGAACUACAUUUGUCGAUGGUACUCAGAUUCAUAAUCAAAUUCUUGUUCAUAUGCCGCGACUUUAUAAAUUUACUUUUCAUAUUAGUACCGGAACUAAAUUGAAUCAUAUAGUUGAUGAUUUAUCAAGCGAUGAUAUUCAACGAACUUUUACUAAUAUGGGAUAUCAGCACGUGAGGUGUAUUCUAUACUAUAUCACUAACCGUGCUAUAUGUCAUGUUUUUUCGCUACCGUUCGUGUUUGAUUAUCUGGAGUAUAUUGGAAACACAUUCUCACCUAUUGUUUUUAGUCGUAUUACAAACUUAGUGGUAUAUGAUAUAGUUCCAUUCAAACAUGAAUUUUUCGUCCGAAUUGCACAUUUUUUUCCUUUACUUGAAAAAUUGUCUGUUAUUAAUUCUAAAUCACAAUCAAACAAAACAGACAAAUUGGAUUCUGAUAAUAAUCAACUGUAUUCAGUCGUUGAAUAUCCUUAUCUUAUUUCGCUUUGUUUGGAACCUACUCAUAUUGAUUAUGUGGAGCAGUUUCUCAACGAAACAAAAACCUAUCUACCUCAUCUAAUGAAAUUGACGGUCGAUUACGAUCAAUUAACAACGGUGACAGAAAACUUCACAAGAGAUACAACACGGCUCAAUUGUGCUAAAGUGAAACAAUUAAUUAUCGAAAAAACAUUAGUGCAUUCAAAAGAUUUUGAUGUUUAUUUUCCUAUGUUGUUAUCUUGUUCUUGUUAUAACUACUUUGGUUAAUAAAAAGAUUUUAAUAAUAUUUAUUGCCCAUUUAAAAAGAAGGUGGGAGGUAUUUUUUUGAAUAACCUUUGAUACAAUCACAAUAGGGAGUUGCGAUUUUCACCGUUGGAAAGAGGAGAUGAAGACUCAUCGAACGAUAUAUUACAGAAUAAUUUGACUUAUUAUUUUUUUCAAAAAGUUAGAUCGAUGUUUUUGAAAACGAACAUACUCCGUAAGAUAAGUAACGGUAAUUUUCAAUAAUCAGAUGUGCAUUUGAACCGCUAAAUAAAGAUCUGCAAACUUGUGGAAGGCCGAGACCUUUAGAUUUACUCGUUCAGGAGUUUUAGACAUUCUAUUCGAAACCCUGAGUCGAUUUUUCAAAUUCAUUUUUGUGAAAAAAUCACCUUUGUGUUUUUCUUAUUUUAAGGCCCCCCCUCAGAAAACCCAAUUUUUCGAAGACAAAUUGAAAUUGAGGUUUUAUCAUAGAAAGAUGCACUGACGUCUCCUCUUUCAGAAUAUCGAUGACUUAUUGCAAAAUGAAUUGAUUUUGACGAACUUAUCGUAUAAAACUUGGCUCCUACUAACAUACUUUACGAAAAAUUUUCACGGUUUUUAAGAAGUUUUUUCAGUUUUUUUAGGCUGCUAUCUCUGUGCAUCAGCAUUCGUAAAGUUUUGUUUUACUAUUAAUCACUAUGAGACUAUUAACACUUAAUAUUAAGAUCACUUAUGUAUAGCCUAUCGUGAGCACUAAUAUGUAAUUCAGAUGUGUUUCGCAAAAAUCGACUUCUAACACUUAUUUAACCUUUUUCUCAAAAACAUUUUUUUCGAGCAUGCCGUUUACGCGGGCAGACUUUUCUUCAUAACGACUCGAUACGGAAGCGAUAAUUUUUUUUUUAUUGUAUAGAGGACAGUUAGGGCUAGAUCCUUACAGAGCCCGAUUUUUGAAUUUCUCUAUUGGUGAAAUAGGGUGUGGGUGUGGGUGUGUGGUGUGGGUGUGGGUGGGUGUGGGUGUGGGUGUUGUUUUCAUCCAAGUUCAGCCCCACACCCACACCACCAUACCCACACCAACACCCACACCCACACCACCACACCCACACCCACCCACACCCCACACUCACACCCACCCACGCCCCACCCACACCCACAC